AUGGCUGCUAGCUCCACAAGCUUCUCUGAGGAGAAGCCUGUCAUAAAACGUGAGACCACUCCACCAGUGCUGAAAGCAGCCAUACCUGAGGAGGAUCUGUCAGUAAAGACUAUUGCACCUCCAGCAAUCGGGGCUGACUUUGUACUCUUUGGGAAACCACAGGUGUCCUGUGUGUACNGCCCCAGUCAAACUCCCCACCUGGCACUGUCCCCACAGCGGGUUGUGACCACCCUCAAGUGCAGGAUGGACGCUUGGCGCCAGAAUCUAGAGUCAAGCUCAACAGGGUCUUCUUUCCCCGCUGAUUCCGCCAAGCCCGUUCCCUUGGCUGUGGUUUCGCUGGAUAGGGAGUANCGCUGCNCUGCUAAUGGGAGCUGGGUGAAUGACCAGCUGGGUAUUGAGCUUCCAAGAUGUAUUCCAGUCUGUGGGGUACCCACCGAGCCCUUUCAAGUCAAGCAGAGGAUAUUUGGAGGACACCCUGCAAAGAUUCAAAAUUUCCCCUGGCAAGUCUUUAUUAAUAACCCCAGAGCUGGCGGGGCUCUUAUUAAUGAGUACUGGGUGCUGACGGCUGCUCACGUUGUGGAGAAAAACUCCAACCCUUUGAUGUAUGUUGGGUCCACGUCUGUGAGGACAUCUUCCUUGGAUGAUGCCCAGAGUCUCUACACCGAGCGUGUGAUUAUUCAUCCUGGCUGGAAGCAAGUAGAUGACCAAAAUGCACGGACAAAUUUUGACAAUGACAUUGCCCUGGUGCAGCUGAAAGACCCCGUGAAAAUGGGACCCAACGUCUCCCCCAUCUGCCUACCAGGCACCUCCUCAGAGUACAACCUCUCACAGGGUGACAUGGGGCUGAUCUCAGGGUGGGGCCGAACAGAAAAGAGAUUCCAUGUUAUCAACCUCAAAGGGGCAAAGGUACCGGUAACCUCUUUAGAAACCUGCAAACAGGUGAAAGAUGAGAAGCCCAGAGCAGGGCCAGAGGACUAUGUUUUCACUGACAACAUGAUCUGUGCUGGUGAGAAUGGUGUUGACAGCUGUAAUGGGGACAGUGGGGGCGCUUUUGCUUUCCAGGUCCCCAAUGUCAAGGUCCCCAAAUUCUAUGUAGCUGGCUUGGUGUCUUGGGGGAAAAAGUGUGGGACCUAUGGGGUCUACACAAAGGUAAAGAAUUACGUGGACUGGAUCCUGAAAACUAUUCAGGAGAAUAGUGGGCCCAGGAAGGACUAAUCCAAAGGGAGACAACACCCCUCCAGGGCAUAGCAAGGUUGCUGUUCUCAGAUCCUAUGGUGGUCCCCUUAUUUCACAACGAUAAAGAGAAGAUGUCGGAGCAUGGUUAAUGCUGAACUUGAUUGUCAAAAAGUCUUCAUGGAGGCAGGGUUGAUCACUGAGCAGUGUUGGUUAUUCAGUUACUUUUGCUAACAACAUGGUAGAAGCCCUUCUCUCUUGUGCUAUUCCACAGGGGUAUCUUAAUCCAUCUUCCCUCAUUUAACCUGCUUGAAAUUCCUUAAUUACUUACAGCAAAGCAUGUUUCCAAUCUGGUGCUGGCUGUCUGGAGAGCCACAGAAGGAGAGGGAGAUUUGAGGGCAUCGUGUCAUGGAAUUCGGGCAUCAACAUGAUGGAAUUCUGCAUCUGUUAAAAGAUGCAGACAGGGAAUGCAGCCUUUUUUUCUUUCUAAGUGAGACUUACUGAAUACUGGGACGUUAGAAAUGACUACCUUAGUUUUCCUCUGUGAGUUGCUUCAAUAUGUUUCCUAGAAAUUAAUUUUCUUGUAAUCCUUCUUUAUAUCAUUCAGUGUAAUGACUUAGUAAAAGAAAAACUGAACAUU